UGGCCAGUUGCUUUCCUUAUGACUAGCAGUUGCGAGCUAUUGACACUAAUAUGGAAAGACUGAGGGAGGAGCUCGCAGUGUCCCCCAAGUUGGAUUUAACAGUUUCCGAGGUGGAGAAAUGGAGUAGCAAUAUACACGCUGGUUAUUUAUUUGAAAAAAAUGGCGUAUCAGUGCUUCAAAAACUCUGUUUGCUUGUCAGUUCCAUUCCCGCAAGAACAACUUUCCCAGGUUGGCAACAUUUUGGAGCUCAUCUGGGUCUGUCCAGAGAACAACUGCAAUGCAUUGAAUAUGAUUUCAAAGGCCUGCAAGAUCCAACAUAUUAUGUUUUACUAACGUUUGUGCAAUGCGUUGAUGCCACAAUGGAUAAAAUAUUUGAUGCACUGAGGAAAAUGGAUCGUUUAGAUAUUAUUCACAGACUUUCAAAUCUUUUGACACUAUUCGUAAAUUGUUUACGUCUGAGUAGUCAAUCUGAUGAACUUCAUCGGCCGCUACAUAUUCCCAGAGUUCCCCUAGUUCUAAGCCCCGUCAUUCCUCUCAGCGUUCUCAACGUCAUGAGAUUGAGUUCAAGAAUUCAUACUGGAUAUCUGUUCGAGCCUGACGGUAUCCCGAUCCUUAAAAUACUGUGUCACCUAAUCAGUUCCACACCAGCAGGACGAACAUAUUCCGGAUGGCAGGAUUUUGGGAUUCAUCUCCAUCUCACCGAAGCACAGUUACAUUAUAUAAAACACCAUUUAAGAGACCACCAAAGUCCUGCAUAUUAUGUUUUACUGAUUUUCGUUCAUUCUACUGAUGAAACAAUGGAUAAAGUGUUGGAUGCAUUGCACAAAAUGAAUCGACUGGAUGUUGUGGACAAACUUGCGGAAACUCUUACGCUUUUCAUAAAGAGUCUGAGCUUGAAUUCACAAUCAACAAAUAUACUGAGACCAAAAAGUGUCUCCAACAUACCAGAAAUACUCCGUCCGAUCAUUACAAGUAAAAAACUGUCAUCAACAUCUGGAACGCAGCUGCUUCAUUUAGAAGGAAAUGAUAUACUAAUGAAUUAUUCGAGUUCUCUUAUUAGGGAAAAACAAAAUUAUGGGAGCAUUGUGAUGCUAACAUUUGCAGAAGAUGGACAGAACAUAAUGAAAAGCAUUUGUCAAAUAUUCAGAGAGAAAAAUCCAAGAAUUGGAGUACUGAUUCUUCAAGAACAAGAAAAAUUGGUGAAUUCCAGAGCAGAGGAGUUCAUCGAUGAUUGCUUCAAGCAAGUGAAUUAUAUAAUUCCAAUACUGACGAAGGAAUAUACCGAUCACAUCAAUAACCUAAGGAAUUACGGCGGUAAAUUGGGAGAAAAUUCACUGGAUUCGAAAUACCUCCAUUAUAUUUACUCUUUGUUGAGAUUUGAGUACGUCAAGAAUAACUGCUCCAACCACAGAGUCAGAUGUUUGGUACCUGAUUUCUAUGUCACAACCAUGAUGAAAUCAGAUCUCCAUCCAGUUCUACAAGCCUGGUAUCGACAAUCAGACAUCGACGAGUUUGCUACAAACAUAUUAUUGAAAAAGUUAGUUUCCAGAUUUUCGAAGAUUCCUCAUGGGGUAGAAAUUCACCGGUGGCGUCUACGAAUAUAUGUCUAUUGCUGUCAUUCAAGUUGUGAGAGGAUUCGAGAAGUUCGAAGGGCUUCGCAAGGUCGUAAACAACAUUGUCGACUUCGCCAUGGACCCACUGCGCUCCCAGAUCCACAACACUAUCCGCUGAUGUAUUCCGAGGGAAAUGAAUCAUCCAUUAAAUGUCAAAUUAUGGCAGAAAAUGUUACAAAAUUAUCAUUUAGGGAGACUGACCUUUGUAUAUUAAUAAAUAAAUUAUGACUUAUUUCAACCUUAACUACAAAUUAAAUUAGGAUGAAGGGCUACAUCUGGCACGGUUUGGGUGAUGUACUUUUAGGAGUCAUUUAUUAAAUUAUGGGAAUAGACAUGAGAGAAGACUCUGGGUGUUUUGCCAGCAAAAAUUAUGAUUAACAGUUAGAUUGUAACUCUGGACGCUGUAGAGGCAUUCUCCAGUAGGAAUACUCGCUAUGAAGCAACUAACUAUUGCUGGCCAGGCCCUGGCUUAGUGCCCUCAAAUCUGGAGGGCACUAUAGUUUAUUUCUCUUAUCCUAACCCUAGUGUUUUCUACCUUCAUCCUCCACCAGAUCUAUUUUGGGGGAAACCCACACUGAGAAAGUUCCAUCAGAGGAGGGCUUUCCCCUUUUUUGUAAUGUAAAGGAAUAAUGAAACAAUAAAUAUUUUCUGAAUAAAAAAAAUAGAAAAA